AUGAUCCGAGAGAACAAGGGCCCUGCUCCCCAGCCAAGGAGCAAUCACCUGGUGCUCAGGGCCAGCCUCCCCGGGGACAAUAGCACCCCGAUGCCCAUGCACAAGACUCAAAACAGACAGCCCUGCUGCUGCAUUCGGGCAGCUCCAGCCUCACCAGCUGCCAGCUGCUGCAGUGGCAUCCAGGAAAGGGAGACUGGAUUUUCUUUCUCGCCGCCCAGUCUCCUCCCGGCGGGCCCGGGGGGCUAUUUCUCCGGGUCUGGUGCAAGGGGCAUCCUCCGCACCUCCAGCGGGAAAGUGGAAGAGUGUGCGUCCUGGAUUGCAGCAGCGGCGACAGCGGUGGCCGGGGACAAGGAGGCGGUGGCGACGCCAGCCGCCCCCUCCUGUGAACGGCAGAAAGGGUCCCAACCUCGAGAAGGACAUGUAGGUUCUCCCGGCUGUCAGCUCACUGACCUCUUCCCAAGCCACGAAAUGAUCUCUAUCCGUGUCUGUCCACAGAGUGAAGGCUCGAAAGACUGGCGCCAACCUUCAGCUGAACAGACUCCACCGCCCCCACCCCCGGCGCCCCCUCCACCAACGCCCUUGCUGCGUCGAUAA